UGGAAGGAACAGGGUAUGAGAAACAGGGAGCUCAGCAUUUGCCAUCUCUCCGUGGACUCAUUCUUGCUUCUCUUCCUCCAUCAGGACUGCACGUGUGAGGAGUUCUGCCCCGAGUGCUCGGUGGAGUUCACCCUUGACGUGCGCUGUAAUGAAGACCAAACUCGACACGUCACGUCUCGAGACCUCAUCUCCAACAGCCCCCGGGUCAUUCCAGUGACCUCCCGGAACCGAGAUAAUGACCCCAAUGACUACGUGGAACAGGACGACAUCCUCAUCGUCAAGCUGAGGAAAGGCCAGGAGCUAAGACUUCGAGCCUAUGCCAAAAAGGGCUUUGGCAAGGAGCAUGCCAAGUGGAACCCUACUGCAGGAGUGGCUUUUGAAUAUGAUCCUGACAAUGCCCUGAGGCACACAGUGUACCCCAAGCCCGAGGAAUGGCCAAAGAGCGAGUACUCUGAGCUGGAUGAAGAUGAGUCCCAAGCUCCCUACGACCCCAACGGCAAGCCAGAGAGGUUUUACUACAACGUGGAGUCUUGUGGCUCUCUGCGUCCUGAAACAAUUGUCCUCUCAGCCCUCUCUGGAUUGAAGAAGAAGCUGAGUGAUUUACAGACCCAGUUAAGCCACGAGAUCCAGAGUGAUGUCCUAACCAUAAACUAGCAGCAGCUCACCUGUUUUGGCAGAAAAGGGGUGGGGGGAGUCUAGGCCAGCAGCUGGCUCUCUGGUCUCUCCAGAGCCUCUUGUAGCUUUUGGGUCUGGAUAGCUGUUGCUCAGGCUUCUUGGCAAGCCAUCAGUACCCCCUAGGAAGGUAGCCAAGGGGAAGACGAGUCCCCUUCCAGCCUUGCUCUGUUGCAGACAGAUGGCCAGGGGUGCCACUGGUAUUUGAGGGCAGGACAGUUUUUUACUAGACACCUAGGAUCCCUGGCCCUGCCCCGAUUGCCAGUAGCAGCCCCAGAACCUCCCUUCCAGCCCGUUUCCUGAUGUGCCUGGGCGGGGUGAGAACUGCAGAGCCGAACUCUCCUCUGCUGGUCAUUUCAGGUCUCAGACUCUUUCUAAAAGUUGUUCUCACAGUUGUACCUUGGGCUUCUGGUGAGUACUAGAACCCUCAUUCUGGUUGCCUACGAACCCUUCCAGCCCCUGCCCAGAGCCAGCCUACUGGCACUUAAAUCCCCGAGUGUCCCUAAGUUGAGAACCCUUAGAGAAUAGUGUUAGAUACGGGCUGCCCCCCACCCCAGAUAAACCCUGUUUUCCUUUUUUUUUUUUUUUUUUUUUAAAGAUUUUAUUU